AUGGGAUUCAUAACCUGUCGGUUUCUUUCCAUUUUUUGCUUCUCUGUAUUUACAGAGCAUGCUGAGGAAUUGCAGAUUCUUCACUAUGAAGAAGGUCAGAAUUACGAACCACACUAUGAUUACUUUCUUGAUGAAUUCAACAAGAAAAUUGGUGGCCUAAGGAUUAUUGCUACUGUUCUAAUGUACUUAUCAUAUGUUGAAGAGGGUGGUGAAACUGUUUUUCUAGCUUCUCAGGAGAAUUUUAGUUCCCUGCCUGGGUGGAAUGAGCGGUCUGAAUGUGCUAAAAGGGGCUUAUCUGUAAAACCAAAGAUGGGUGAUGCCUUACUUUUCUGGAGCAUGAGGCCUGACGCGACAUUAAAUGUAUGUUUAGUUUGGAGUUGCAGUCAUUUGUUAAAUUAGCACUAAGUAUUUGCUCAUUUGACAAAUGAGCAACUAACUAUUUGCUCAUUUGCUAAAUGA